AUUGUGCUAACAUGUCUGGAAGAAAAUUAAGAAUGUUAGCACUCGUUCGAAAUAAUCAACAAAGUGAAAUUCCUGAAGUGGACAGGGUAUUACCUCCAGAACAUUCAAUGCCUGAAUCUAACCUUCAAACAGGCCAAAUACCAAAAGCAUCAGAACCUAUUAGUCAAAUCGAAUCUGAAGAAAUCACGUCACCCCUACUUGUCCUAACAGAAUGUACACCCAAUACCUUACUGGAUAUAACUGACUCUCAGAUAAGUGCAACAAAAACUAAUAUAAUAAUUGAAUGUCCUGAAGAUAUUGCUUAUGAGCUUGGCAUCACAGUCGACGAUGGCGAACCAAAAUCAAACCAAGCAGAGCCUUCCACCUCAACUGAGAAAAAUACUCAGCAUUUCGACAAUAUCCUUAAAGAUUCUGAUAGUUUUUGUGUUCAAAAUCAGCAUGCAAAUAAUAAUUCUGAUAAUGAAAAUUCUUUACACUCUAAUGAGAGUUAUAAAUCUGACAUGCCUUAUGAGCCAUCCAGUGAUAAAAAUGGCUCAAGCACUGACGACGAAGUUUUCAUAAAUGACGAAAACAGACAAGAAGCUGCAAAUCUUGCAAUUCUCAAAAAAAAGCAAAAGCGAAAGCGUUCUUUAAAGGGUCAAAGUGACUGCUCAUUAUGGCAAAAAAAUUGCUAA